AUGGAGUUUUCCCAGAAUUUUGAACUUGAAAUUUGUUUAACUGACUAUGCUGCUGCUAGUAGUGGAGGAGCUAUCAGUAUAGAAGGUGGUGGAUCUGUGGGUAAUAGUGGAUGUGAUGUUCGUUUUUUCGGAGGUGGUGGUCGUGGAGGUGUAUUCGGAGGUGGUAGAUGUGACGGUGGUGGUUCUGGUGGUGCAGGUGUUAUCGUUAAAGGUGGUGCGGAGCUGUUGGUGAUUGUGGAGGUAUUGUUGUUGUUAGAGGUGGUGGUGGAGCUGCUGGUGGUUGCGGACGCGGUGGCAGAGGUGGAGGUUGUGGUGGGACUGGUGAUGGUGGUGGUGGUGGUGGUGGUAGGUGAAGUUGAUUUUGAGCAUAAGUGUAUUAAUGGUGAUUUUGGUGGUGGUGGUGUUACAAAAGAGGCGGUGUUGGUGGAGACAUAG